AUGUCAGGAGAAAAAUAUAGACAGUCUCACCCGUCUUUCACACCUCCAAAAUGCCCCCCCCCACCCCUAAUCGUGCUCUGUGCCCUAAACUCCGGGAUCGGCAAGCCGGCUUGGGAGCUUCUUCUCCCCGUCUUCUCCCCGGACUUGAAGCACUCACUAGUAACCCAUUUCAUCCAAAGCCUCUCAGCAGCGCAAUGCGAAACACCUCAUCUUCUCGCAGGCCAGGAUCCCCAAUCUCCCCACGCCAACGACGUCGGCACGAAAUACUACAGCUGGCCUGUGCGUGCAAUUCUCUUCGGUCGUGGGCUUGAGUUGGAGGAUAUCGAAGCAUUGCGCGUGAACGUCGCUUGUAUCUCGCAAGAUCCUGUCCUUUGGAUCGCUGGUGACCCAAGCCGAAAGCAUCCUCUUGAUGCUGUUCCGCCCCCUAACUACCACCAGCUUGUUACUGGCGUUGCACGAAACUUACUCGGUGAAUGGGUGGAGGUCGGAGCUACGAGUAUUGAGGUUAUUUUGUAUUAG